AUGGUUGAUAACACGAGCAUAGCAACUAAAUCUGCCCUGCAAGCCACCUUCUCCACUGCGAGCGCGCUCCCGCUGCUAAUGGCUUCGGGGACGCACUCUCACUUCUCGGCUGCGCACUCGCACCAUCCGACCGCCGGCGCCGGUAUGAAGCUGGAGGCUGUAAUGGAGAACCUGCAGCGGCAGCAAGCCGCCCGACUGGCACUCGAGGAGAAGCUGCGCGGCCAAGCCGAGAAGGACAAGGAGUUCAGAGCGGUUUUGGAGCACCACCACCACCAGCAGCAAGCCCUCGCUUUCCGGCACUACCAGGCUUCAGUGCGCGGAGCGCUGGCAGCGCACAGGUUACCCGCAGCGCAGCGCGCAACUGACGAGUCCGACGCGGACGACGAGCGCACCGCCAUGGACGACGAGGAGGACGAGCGGGAUCUGGAGGAAGAGGACAGCAUGAACGAGGGCGACGAGCUCGAAGGAGCUAUUUCGCACUACCCGCCUCGCCAUGCUGUUCACACCGGGGAGGACGAGUCUCCGAAAAGCGCGCAUGCGCUCACCAGGGUUCAGGCUCCGUACACUGUGGCACGGCAGACCGAGUCCCCCUCUGCGCAGCCGCAGCACCACGAGUGGACUUACGAGGAGCAGUUCAAACAGUCAGGAAAAGACAUCCAGCCAGAGAGAACGGAGGGAAAUUCAGGUGUUACCGUCCGUGGUGGUGGUUGUGGUGGCUCUUCAUCUAUGAUUCAGGAGUUGUACGAGCUGGACGAUGACGUGAAAAGAAAAGAAUUCCUUGAUGACCUCUUCAGUUUCAUGCAGAAAAGAGGGACUCCAGUGAAUCGGAUUCCUAUCAUGGCCAAGCAGGUGUUGGAUCUCUACACUCUCUACAAGCUUGUCACCGAAAAGGGUGGAUUAGUGGAAGUCAUCAAUAAGAAAAUAUGGCGCGAGAUUACCAGAGGUCUGAACCUGCCUACCUCCAUCACCAGCGCAGCGUUCACUCUCCGGACUCAGUAUAUGAAGUACCUGUACCCAUACGAAUGUGAAAAACGGGGUCUGAGCUCACCCGGAGAGCUGCAGGCAGCCAUAGACAGCAACCGGCGCGAGGGCCGCAGGCAGAGUUACGGCUCGGCCCUCUUCAACUACUCACCCGUGGGCACGCCCACCCUGCUGCCUUCACCCAGACUCCCGAUGCCACACAUAACCAUGGGCAUGCCCAACGGAGGCCAAAUGGCCCACAUGCCUGUCAUCAAGAAAGAAGAAUCCGUGAUCCCGAACUGCCUGACCAAUCGGAUGGGCAUCGCUGUGCCGCUUGGGGGGCACCCCGGCGCAGCCACGGCCGCCCAGGUGGCUCAAGCCGCGCAGGCCGCGGCGGUCGUGCAGGCCACCGCGCUCAAGCAGUUCAGAGAGAAGCUGGAGGCGGGCGAGCCCCCGGAGAAAAAGGUGAUGCUAAUGGCUGAGGACCAGCAGAGGAUCAUGCAUCACGCGCUGCAGCAAAACAUUUUUGCCAUGGCCUCUCAGCUGCCUAUGAACAUCAAGCUCAAUAACAUAGAUGACAGACAAGAGACUGCAUUGAACCUGUCUACCAACGGCAUUAGCAGCAUCAACAUGUCAAUAGAAAUAAAUGGAGUUGUCUACACAGGCAUGCUGUUCGCUCGUAAGACGGCCGUGUCGGCGAUGCAGGACAGUCCGCAGGGCCACCUCCACUCCAGCUCCCAGAGAAAACGAAGCAGCCCCGGUCUGAGCAGCCACGGCAAGCCUUCGUCUUCCUCGUCCUCCUCGUCGUCCUCGAACGGACCGAACGCCUCACCCUGA